UACAUCGGCAUCGAAUCGCUUUUAAACAUUUAGUGUUCGUAUUGAAUUAACAUGGAUGGGAGGGAGGGGUAACAGUGUGUAAGGUCUGCCUGUGCCUAUUGGUUGCAUUAUGACUUGACCCAACUGCACUCUCUGGUCACACGGACACACUAAUGGUUUGUAAAAUGCAGUUUUUCAUAACGAAGUAAAGUGUGGUACAUCAUUAGGGUUGUUAAAACUAAGCUACCGACAGCUGGAACCCUUCAGCAAAUGUUGAUAUUUGCUCAAAUAUACACUGAAACCAAAAUAAAAAAGAUACUUUAAUUGCAUUUUUAUGCAAUUUCGAUAUUGUAGAGUAAAAUAAUGAUGAAAUAAGUGUUUUCAGAUGUAUUACCGGGAAAACUAAUUAUUGGUCCAAAAACAUUAGCAGGUCUCUUUAAAGGCUAAUAUAGGUUAAUGAAAAAAAAACUUUAAUGCAUUUGACUUUAAUGAUCAAAACAAAAAUGCAGAGGUUUGAUCGUGAUAAAUCUAACACAUGGUACGCAUAACAUCAUCACUCUGGUGAACGAGAACGAUCAUUUAGAUACAGAAAAAUACGGAUGUUUUUAUUUGGUCACUUGUCAUGCUUGUGGCCACGUAGCUAUUGGUUAAAUCAAAUUAUAAUGGCUUAUAUUUUUUAUCUGUACGUAAAUCAUAUGCUUUUUUUGUUUGUAACAUAAAAGUCGAAUCAAAUGAACAUGGUGAUGCAUUAAAAUUUACAAUUAUUUGUUUUUGCAUCAAUCUAUGCACCUGUCAAUUGUAAUCACGGUCCCCAGGUGCGGGGAAUAGCGGGGACUUUGACUUGGGCGUGGUUACAAUUGACUGGUGCACUUUAUUGUGUGCCUAAAUUAAAGCAUAAUUUAAAAACGAGAACUUACUCUUCAAUGAGGUAUGAGGGUGUAAUAUUUCAUAAGCUUAACACACAUUUUUCUCAACUAGCAUCACAGUACAACUGAAUACAUGAUUAGACAAUGCAAACCAUAAAGUAAUGCACCAGUCAAUUGUAACCACGGCUCCCCCAGAUCCGGGGAAUAGCGGGGACUUUGACUUUCAGUCCAACCAAGCCCGGAUAAAAUCCCCGCCAAAUGCCCCCGCACCCUGGGGACUCUAGGUAAGGAUCAUUCCCCGCUAUUUUUAGAGCAAAGACAAAACCCUCGCAUUCCGCCGGCACUGCGGGGCCACCUGAAAGGUAAAAACACGUCCCAUUUCCCCCGCUAUCCCCGGUAUACCCUUGGACCUGGGGGAGCCGUGGUUACGAUUGACUGGUGCAUAAUAUUCACCCGAUAGUCUAUUUCACAUUUCUACAGAGGGCAAACACAAUACUUACGUUACGAAUGUAUCUCAAAGUCGCCUAUCUGAUUAUAUAAUCCUAGCCGUGAAGAAUGUUAAACAGACAUGUUAUAAAAAUUGUUCUUAUAAUGUUUUAGCCAUUUAUUCUAUCCGAUAAUGAUCUAUUUGUGGUCUAAGGGAAGCAACUCCGUAAAUCCAAUCAAUGCAGCAGGUGCGUUCUGAAGAGUUACAACGCCUGUUAAUUAGAGUGAGUACAUAGCAACCAAUCAAAUCACUGCAUUUCCCAUGAGCAUAAUUUCCUGUGAGAAAUGGCGGAUUGGCCUAGCACCUGCGUGUAAACAUUGCAUGCAGAAGAGAGAUAAAUACCAGAAUAUGCCCAAAAUGACAGAAGACGACACUCAUCUUGAAUGAUACAGAAAAUUAGAAUAUGACAUGGUUACCGUUGUGCCAAAGCAAUCAAAUUAAAACAAAUAAUAUAAGCUAUUGCUUAAAUUUUCAUUUGACACAUUAAACCUUUGCUUUCAACCAUGGGGGAGCCUAUGGCAGAGUAUGAUGAGCAUGGAUGGGCUCAUAUUCACCACGCUGCCAACCGCGGCUUCGAGAAGUCCCUGGAACGAUUUGUACAUGCAGAUCCAGGGCAGCUUGAACUUAAAACAAAUGAUGAGACCGGCUCAACGCCCUUCCUUAUUGCUGUUACCAGUGGUAAUCUGGAGUCUAUAACAUGCCUUAUUAAUCUAGGUUCCAAAAUCAAUGCUAUCAACAAUCAAAAUCAUGGCGCAGUUGAAAUCUGUGCAAACAAAGGAUUCAUUGAGCUUUUGGAGCAUUUUAUUUCCAUGGGCAGCGAUCAGUUGCCAGUAUGGAAGAACUUGCUUCGAUUUCUUGCCUCCGAGUCCGAGGAGGAAGCGGAGUCUGCUGGUACAAGCCUUCGCACGCUCACUGAACCAUCUAGCAAAGGUGAAAUUAAUCCUCACUGGGAGGCAUUGUAUAAAAAUGGAUGCAUUCCCACCAUAGUAAAGGUGGCCAAGAGUUCCUUGAAUGAUGAGUCCAAAGUCCCAGCUUUUCAGGUUCUUCUCAAUAUCUUGGAAAAACAGGAAGUGAAGGAGCAGUUAUUCAGCUCAGGUGGAAUUCCAGCAUUUGUAAGACUGUUAAAAUCCCAAAAUAACAUGACAAUUCAGCUAUCUGCUCAAAUUCUGAAAGAACUGGCUACAAUCAAGGAAUAUGCCGACAACAUGGUUCAAAAUAAUGCAAUCCCGAAUCUUUUGAAAGCUAUGCAGACCGUGAAUGAUCAUGAAGUGUUGGUGGAAGCUGUUGACUGUCUAGGAAACAUUGCCGAGGUCAAUCCGUCACAUCAGUCGCAAAUAGGACAACUCCCGAACUCCCUUCACACUAUUGUUGGAUUAUAUAAGGACCAGAAAGACAAAGCUCUUUUAUUCUCACUCAACAAAGCAAUAGGGAAAAUUGCAAACAAAAAUCAAAGCAAUCAGAAUACAAUUGCUGAUUUAGGAGCAGCAUCUUAUGUCGUUAUUCUGUGUAGAACUCGCAAUAAGGACUUGCAACUUAGCUCAGUUGAGGCAAUACAAGCACUUGCUGAAGAUAACCCUAAGACGCAGAGGGUGAUUUUGUCUGAGAGAGCUCAAGACCAUCUUAUGCAAGUGCUAAAAAAGACAAGAGUUGAAAUGCUCCAGGAGAAAACUGCAAUGGCCUUGUGGGCUUUAGCUGGUGACAGUUUAGAUGAACAAAGAAAAAUGGCUGAGAAAAUGGAAGUUUCACUUUUGAUAGAAUUUGUAAAUAGUUUAUCAGAAAAUUUACAUUUUAUAGGCUCAGAAGGUCUCGGAGUCUUAGCCCAGGGACCCCUGAACUGCCAAGCAGAAAUCGCUGAUGCCAAUGGUAUUCAUCCUCUAGUGCGUUUAUUAAGAUCAGAUAAAGAAUACAUAGUGCUUAGUAUUAUACGGACAUUACGACACUUGUGUGUUGGCGUGGGGUAUGUACCACAUAGAAGAAACCAGGGUACGAUAUCGCAAUCUCGCGGGAUAAAGUUUCUUAUAGCCCUCAUGGUUCAUUCUCGAGAUGAGAUGAUACAAGUGGAGUCAGCGUUAACUCUUGGCUGUGUUUCAUUAGGAAACCAAGAUAUUCUUGAAGAAAUUAAUGGAACAAUUGACUUCAGCUAUGUUCGUAUUCUCAAGAUGAUGUACGCGCAGGACGAUGUGGUUCGACUCCUAGCUGGUUCUGCCCUCGCAGCGUUCGCGUACAACAAUAUUAACCAACAGAAGGAGAUUGCUGAGCAGGGGGGCGUGAGAUUCAACUGCUUCGUUCCGUUCCUCCAGUCCUCCGAUGAGUUCUACCGAUGUAAUGCUGCCUUCCAGGUUGUAAUAUUGUCCCGCAUCAUCCCGGACGAGGAGCAAGCCCUGUCAUCGGCCACGGGUAUCAAGCUUCUUGUCGAUCUGCUACAAGACUCUCAAUCUGAACAGAUCCUCGCUCUUGCCUCCGACUGCAUUGCCCGCCUCGCGCACACCAGAGCUGGUGUGCCGUCUGCCAUUAUUGCCAUCAACGCUAUAAACUUCCUGACACACCUGCUACUCUCAAACGCUGAGCAGGUACGGGGCUGUGCCGCCAUUGCCCUGGGGUAUCUCUCGCACAACCAUUCUGCAGCUAGACAGCUUCUUAACAAAUGCCGUAUGGAUCAGAUGCUGAUGAAGAUAUUGAAGCAUUAUGCAAAGAACAAGGUGUCACGAGAAUUCAUGGAUGGAUGGAAACACUACCAGCGAAUUGGCCUUCCACCCAUCAGGGAUGGUCGUACGAACCUGGUGUCAGGUGACGAGCCUGAGGAGGCCCCACCCACUCCCGUCAGUGGAAUCAGCAUCCUCGAGUCAAGCACCAAAUCAACGAGCAAUUUAAGAACAUCUUCCUCUAACCUUGCCCUAGAUGAGCAGCAACUCACCGAGAGAACUUCCAGGAUGUCCCAGCAUUCACAGACCCACAGUGGCAGCCAGAUGUCAGUAGUGGAUGGAGAGGGGCGUCGAGCCAGCCAGGCAAGUCGACACUCCCUCAUACAAGGGGAACUACAGGUGCCCGCCAUUGACAUCACCAUGCAGGGGGAGAGAACUGGAACAGCAGAGGUGUAAAUACCAUAAUGUAUGGAGGGAUCAGGAAUGUAUUGGGUCAGCCAAGGCCUAAAAGUUAUCAUGCAAGUGGAGGGAAAUACAAAAGCAGAUGUAGAAGCAUCAUGAUGUGCAGAUGGGUGGGAGUUUCUUGGAACAGCGGAAAGGACGGAUUGUAACGGAUCAUUGUAACUGUGUUCUGGAUUAUAAAAUACUAUUGCAAAAGUAAAAUCAUUGACUUUUUUAGGGUCUUGUUCUAAACUGUUGAAGUUAAUGGUAGUGUCCUGUGUGACUACCCUGACAUCAGAUUUAUGACUGAACUGCUGAAUAAUGAUAGAGCCCCAAACUUUAUGUGACAUAAAAACCUGAUAUAAUAUUGAAAGCCACACAUUUUUAAUCUUUUGGUUUAUCUUUCAGCGCUUUUGUUAUUUGUUUGUGCUAAUUUAUUAUGGGAUAAAUUUGUUAGUUCAGUUCUAAGAAAUCAAAAUUCAGAUUUUUAAAAACCAAACUUAAAAAACAUUCUAGCAAAUGGAUUUCCAUCACACUUUCAUUUUCAAUAUUGAAGCAAUAUAGCCAUAGGGUAAAAAUCAUGUUUAUUUUUUAAAGCUAAAUUUCACCUUAACAUCAUUAUAGUAAGUUGCUUUGCAAUAAUGCGUUAAACCUUCACAGACAUCUGUUUCUUCAGUGUUUGACUGACAUAUUAUUUAUUUUUAUUUCUGCAGAUAUUGUAUAUACAUUGUACUGUUAGUCAUUUAAGUUCAUUUACAUAUAUGCCUUAAUUGAAAUGUAUAAGAUUGUUGAUAUUUACUGUGAUAUUGAUUUACCAUUAUAUUUCUUUGUAUUUCUGUGAGAGAUUUUACUGCUGAUGCCAUCACAUUGUCAUUUAGCCAAAUAGUUCUUAUUUUUUGUUUUAUUUGUUGUUAUUGCAUACUUUUAAAACCGAUUGUUACCUAUUUUAAUCAAUCCGUAGUUGUCAAAAUUAUUGCUACCUGAAAACAUAAGGUGAAAUUAUUUUUCAUCAUUGUUAUCAGUUUUGUCUCUUUUAAAUGCAGUGCCAACUUCAUUUUAAAAAUAAAAUGAAAAAAAAUAAUAAGUGUAUAGUUAUAUUAUUACAAAAACACCAAAAUUAAGCCAAAUUCAACAACUACAAUAAGUUAAGAUUAAUG